AUGGAAGCUGGAGCGUCUAGCAGCUCCGAGAGGAAUGGGGAAGAGAUGGACGAGGUCACAGCCAACGGGGAAAAGACGGUACGGGAGCGGAUGAACGCUAAUGGGCGCGCGGGUACGAAUGGCAAGAGCAAGGAGGCCACCGCUCAGGAACCCGAAGCGGAGAAAGAGAAGAAGCCAUCGAUUUUCGCCAAAGCAUUGAAGAAGACCCAGCUGGAUGUACCGACAGUUCUCAUGAUGCUAAAGGGUGGUUUGCCGCCUGUCAUCGCUCUAUCGAUGUACCAGGCCGACGACAUCGCGGAGACGUACACCACCUUGGGUUACCUCAUGGCCAUUAUCGCGAUCCUGGGUUUCUGCAUCAUGCCGCGCGCAAAAUUCAUUCAGACUAUGACAAUAAAUGUAAUCGCUGUCUGCAUCGGAGCCGCCAUGGCCGUGCUGCAGCUCUGGUCUGCUGUGCAAGCACGCGUGCAUACCGAACCUCCCGGUGUCCCUCCCGCGCGCUAUCGGUACAACUCGUCGCAGUCAGCUGUGUGCGCCAUAUGGCUGUUCUUCCAGAUCUGGUUCGUCAAUGCUAUAAAAGCCAAGUUCCCACAGUUCGCGUUCCCGUGCGUGCUGUACCAGAUCUUCACGAACGUUGCGAGUACGAGCGGCCCGACGUUCCAGACGACGGCUCAGGUGGAGGCGUUUGUCCAGAGACUGCUGGAGGCGUUUCUGACGGGCUUCGCGAUUGCAACGGCGGUAUCGCUCGUCAUUCUUCCGAUAUCUUGUCGGAAAGUCGUGACGAAAGAAUUCACGGGCUACAUAGGGGCUUUGAGAGGCGCUUUGAAGGCGCACAAAGGGUACUUCCAGAGCCUAGAGACCAAGGAUAUGUUUCGGCAGACGAUGACCAACCUAGACGAGCCGGAAGAUGGCGGGCACAAGAAGAAAGACAAAAUAAGACCUGAAAUUACGGCCGUUAAGACUGCGACUGCAGCUCUUACCCAGCUGCAUGGAAAGCUCAAUGCGGAUCUUCCCUUUGCGAAACGCGAGGUUGCAUAUGGAAAGCUAACUCCGGACGACUACGAGAGCAUAUUCAAGAGUCUCCGUGGUAUUAUGAUGCCAUUGAGUGGCGUAGCAUCUAUCAUCGAUAUCUUCGAGCGUCUUGCUGAGCUCAACGGGUGGGAAAAGGAACUAGAAGAGGACAUCAAGAAGGACGUGAUGGAUGACUGGCAUCAUUUGAUGACCUUUGCCCAUGACCCGGUGCAGAAUAUUCUAGAUGCUAUGGACCAAGGCUUGGAGCACAUCGCGCUUCGUCUCGCAUGGGCGAAAUCGCCGAAAAAGAAUGGCGCGAGCAACACUGACGCUGAAGCAAAAGGCGACAUGGUCCGACCUGGCGACAAAGAGUUCGCGGCCUACUUUGAAAAGCAGAGCGACGAGUUCUACGCCGGCAGAGAAGGGAUCCUCAGUUACUGGCUCGAAUGGAAAGGCAUCAAGGCAGACGACAACUUUUUCGAGGACUCCAAAGUUGAUCUGGAAGUGCGAGGACUUAAGCUACACCAGGUGACUACCAGGCACCGUCAACAACGGCAACUGUUCCUCGUCCUCUAUAUCAACUUCCUGCUGCAUGCUGUCAGCGUAGCCAUUCUCGACUUUGUCAAAUGGGCGGACGAACACGACCAGGCUACCGCAAAGAAGCAGCUCAUGACACCCGGCAAGAAGCGCUUCAGGAAAUGGAUCGCCAGCAUGUUCUCACCGCAAGAUGCAAACGAAGACGACGAAACCACAAAUGUGGGCUUGAAUCGCAACGGCGUAGUCGUACACAUGGGCGAGGCCUACAAGGGGCGCAAAGACCCGGAACACUUGGAGCCAGCAAACGCUUGGGAAAGGUUCGGCGACUUCAUCCGCAAGAUCACGACCUUUCUGCGCUCUCCCGAGUCGGCCUUCGGUUUCAGAGUCGCUUGCGCAACCAUGUCCAUCGCUAUCAUCGCAUACUUGGCUGAUACGCAGCUCUGGUUCACGCGCCAACGUGUAGUCUGGGCUAUGCUUAUGGUGGCUCUGGGAAUGACGCCCACAUCUGGACUGUCCAUGUUCAAUUUCUUCUGGCGCAUCCUGGGCACGCUCGUAGCCAUGCUUGCUGCAUGGCUCGUAUGGUACAUCCCCGAUCAAAAGACGCCGGGCAUCCUCGUCAUCGCGUACGUUUUCAUCAGUAUAGGACAUUGGGUGCCGCUGAAGAGGCCUGACCUCAUCAUCCCGGGUCUCAUCUCUAUGGUCACUUGCGUUAUGAUCAUAGGGUACGAGCUACAGGUGCGCAAGCUGGGUGUCGCACAAGCCACAUCUAAUGGCCAGCCCUACUACAAGAUCAUAGUGCUAGGGCCGUACCGACUGGCGUGCGUGGUAGCCGGUAUCGCCGUCGCCUUCUUCUGGACGUUUGUCCCAUACCCAAUCACUGAGCAUUCCACUCUCCGGACGAAACUAGGAGGCUCGCUCUACCUGUCUGCGAACCUGUACUCGAUCAUGCACGAGACAGUAAUGGGACGUAUCCGCGGCGACGGCGGCGACCCAAGCGAAAAGACAAACCCCUCCUACAAGCUAGAAAAAGCUCGAAACAAGGUCUUCGCAAAGCAGAUGCUCACUCUGCAGGCGCUGCGCCAGCACUCCGCAAUGGUAAACUACGAGUUCCCUUUGGGCGGCAAGUUUCCAAAGGAAGAAUACGACGCCAUCAUCGGCUACGUAAGCAACAUAACGCAGUACACCGCCCUCCUCGGCCUCGCCUCCCGCACCUUCGCCCACCCCUCCCUGUCGCAGCACGAAUCCGACCCCACCCGCCUCCACUGGUACCACUCCUUCCGCCGCAUCAUCCUCGCCUCCAAUAUCACCUCCCACGAGAUAACCAGCCUCCUCUCCCUCCUCUCCUCCAGCAUCUCAAACGGCGUGCCCUCCCGCCGUACCUCUCUGCUCCAACCGCCUACGCGCUCUCCUCCAAGCUCGAAGAAGUAG